AUGAAAGGACCAAGUGCAGAAGAACCUGUCUACACUCGGGAUGAACAACUGGGUACGCAUCGCAAAGGCUGGACACCACUGUUGGCGUUGAUAUGUGUAGCAACAACUUUUGGUACAGCAAUACCUGUAGGCUAUUGCCUCGGUGUUAUGAAUACACCCGCUGAGUAUAUUAAAGUCUGGUGCUUAGAUGCCUUCGUAAUACGUUACGACGUCGAACUGAGUCCCUCUCAGCUAGAUCUGCUGUGGUCGGCGAUUGUAUCUAUAUUUCUUAUAGGUGGCAUAUUUGGUUCAUUUUUCGCUGGCGCUUGUUGUAAUCGCUUUGGAAGAAAGGGAUCACUACUGGUCAGUGCAUUCCUGCUGACAGUCUCGGGCAUCCUCUUACACUUCUGUCGCAUGACAGACUCCGUUGAGAUGCUGCUGAUCGGACGCUUUAUUAUUGGCAUUGCAGCCGCGAUUACCUAUACAGUACAUCCAAUUUACUUGCUGGAGAUUUCACCUACUCAUCUGCGUGGCAGUGCGGCAGUUUUCACGUCCAUCGGUGUGACAGGCGGCAUUUGUGUGGGACAAAUUUUCAGCUUGCAACAAGUAUUCGGCACCGAAGACCUAUGGCAGUUUGCGCUCAGUUUCUAUACUGUUUUCGUAGUUGUUAGCUUUUUGCCGGUCUUCUGGUUUCCAGAGUCGCCACGUUGGCUAUAUUUGAUGCGUCAGAAUGAGCAGGCAGCACGCAAGGAGUUGCAACGGUUGCGCGGCAAAAAUUCCGAUGCCUGUGUGAAUGCCGAAAUUGCAGAUAUGAAAGAGUUGGCUGCUUUAGCGUCCAGUGAGAAAAUGAGUUUUUUGGCGGUGGUGAAGAAUCCGGAAUAUUUGUUGCCGCUAGUAAUUUGUUGCUCGUUUCCAUUGUGCCAACAGUUGAGUGGCAUCAAUGCAAUCUUCUUCUAUUCGGUGAGAAUUUUCAUGAAGGGCGGCUUCUCGCUGGAGAUUGCAACAUGGAUGAACUUUGGUGCUGGCAUCCUGAAUUUACUAUUCGCAGCCGUGAGUCCUGUGAUGGUGCAAAAGUUCGGUAGGCGACCGCUGAUGAUGUUCUCCUCCGGUGGGUGUGGCUUGUCACUUCUCGGCAUGGCCUUUGCUUUGAACUACAUUGAUCGCGUUAGCUGGUUGCCCAUUAUUUGCAUUGUCUUUAUUGCUUCGUUCAUAUUCUUCUUCAAUGUGGGCUUGGCGCCUGUUCCCUAUUUUGUCGGCGCAGAGCUGUUUGAAGUAGAAUCGCGUUCGGUGGCCAUGUCCAUGGGAAAUUGCUUUUCUUGGAGUGGCAACUUUAUGAUUGGCAUGUUCUUUCCUAUGUUGGAGGCUGUUUGGGGUUCUUACGCCUUUCUACCGUGUGCUGUUAUGUGUCUGUAUUGUUUCCUGCUGACGUGGCGUUAUCUGCCCGAGACUCGCGGAAAAGAUGUCGCAGACGUAAAACCAUUGAUGUCCAAAGGUUUUCGGUCAAAGGUGCAUUAAUGAGUGAUAUAUGUAUGUGAAUAUAUUUAUAAACACUUCACCUAUCAGUACCGUGAGUACAAGUAUAUGGGAAAUCCAGUUACUAAAGUUUGACAUUUUAAGCUUAAUUUUAAGUUUAUUAUUUGUAGAAUUAAAUAUCGCACGUCUCUUGUACAUACUUAUGCAUGUAAAUAAUUAUUUAUUCCUUUCACCUGACAUAUUUAAAACUUUGUGCCACAGCUUAUUCAUUUAAAAUUUAAGAUAUUUUUGCCACAAAAAUGUAUAGCAAAAAAUGUUAAAAAAUAAAA